GGAGGGGGCGGAGGAGGCGGAGGAGGCGGGAGGAGGCGGGAGGCGAGAGGCCGCGCACGGAGGCGGAGGCGAGGACGCGGCAAGCGAGGCGAGGCGAGGCGGGCGCGGGCGUGACUCCGGCGGACGGGCCGCCGCAGCCGGCUGGUUGCGAAGUCCGCCCCCGCAGGGGUCCACCGCUCCGCGGUCACCCAGGGCACGCAGGCAAAGGGGCAGGAGGGAUAAGACAGUGAGGAGGAGGAGGAGGAGGGUGGGAAGAAGGCAGCGCAGGCGCGGGGAGACGCCAACAAACACACGCCUGACGCGGAGAUCUCCGCGGAGGCGCCGGUGAGACGGCAGCAGGAGGCAGGAGCUUCCCAGAAAAAUCGCGGCGUCGUGGUCCUCUCGCCAGGCGGGCCCCCGGGGGGGGCUCUCCGGCCGAUCAUCGGGGCGGAGGAGGAGGAGGAGGAGGGAAAGAGGCCCGCUGUGACUGAGUCCAAGACGCUGCAGGUCUGCCCGGGCGCCAGCACGACCGCAGCCGAGGAGGCGGAAACGGUGGUGAAACAGCAGCAGCAGUGCUUUCCGCGGACGAGUCGGGCGGGGUGCCCCAGUCAAGGGGGAACGAUGGGGCCUCUGGCGACCAGCUGAGGGGAGGAAGCAGCGACUGAGAACCGGCGAUGCAUCGCCGAUGUAUCGGCGAUAAGCCACCCGAUCGC